AUGGAUAUAUUUACUAAAAGAUAUUUUGAAACUCUUUGUUGUCCUAAAAAUUCAGAUUUGAAUCGACAAACUUUUGAAUAUCAAGAACAUAAGCCUUCAGGCUUUGGUUAUGUUAUAGUAAAUUAUAAAAAUGAAAUAACAAACUAUCGAUCUUAUCGAGGAGAAAAGUGCGGAUAUCAUUUCUUGAAGACAUUAAUCAGUGAUGUUAAGACGUUAUUAAGUUUAAUUGCUGAAAGAGAAAGAGAUUUCUAUAUGAGUGAAGAAGAUACUAAAAACUUUGAAAUUACCGAUGUUUGUCAUAUUUGCAACAAAGAAAUAAUUAAAGGAGAAGUUAAAGUAAGGGAUCAUGAUCAUUUUACUGGAAAGUAUAGAGGGGCAGCUCAUUCUCCAUGUAAUCUGAAGAUGGCUACCCCAAAUUACAUACCAGUAGUAUUUCACAACUUGAAAAACUUUGAUUCACACAUAAUCUUAAAAGCAAUAGAGAAAGAAAUGUUUACUAAAGUUAAGAUUAUUCCACAAAAUAUGGAAAAGUAUAUAUCAUUCAAACUUGAUAAUAUUUGUUUUCUUGAUAGUUAUGCUUUUCUUGCUAGUUCUCUAGAUGAGCUUGCAGGAUACUUGAAUGAUGAUUUAAAAAAUUCAUAUCUUUUACAAUUAUUCAACGUCAAAGAUCUAAAUUUUGUCUGCAAGAAAGCUCGAUUACCGUAUGACUAUUUAGACAGCUUUGAUCGAUUCAAUGAAACAUCACUACCACCUAUAUCAGCGUUUUAUAAUAAGUUAAAAUUCGAAAAUCUCGAUCCAAAAAUUUAUCAAAAUAUGUGUGAUCUUUGGCAACAUUUUGAUGUAGUUAACAUCGGACAAUUUCAAGACAUUUAUCAGAAAAUCGAUGUAGUUCUAUUAGCAGCUGUUUUUGAAAAUUUCAGAUCAAUCAGUGUAAACCAAUUUCAGUUAGAUCCAUUACAUUUUUUUUCUUCGCCUGGUCUUACUUGGUCAGCUGCUUUAAAAAAGACAGAUGUCGAAAUUGAUUUACUAACAGAUUUAGACAUGAUAAUGAUGUUUGAAAAGGGUAUUCGAGGAGGUAUUUCUUCAGCAAUGACCAGAUUUACUAAAGCGAAUAUACCAAAUUAUCCUGAUUAUGAUAAAUCACAAGAAAAUAGUUAUAUUACAUACCUAGAUGUUAACAAUUUAUACGGUUUCGCAUUGCAACAGAGUAUGCCUUAUUCAGAUUUUCGUUUUGUUAAAGAAGAAAAUUUUAAACAUUAUUAUCAUAGAUUCGUCACAGAGACUAUAACCCAUGAAAGUGAGGAAGGAACAGUUUUUGAAGUUGAUAUAACAUAUCCAUCAUUUCUACACGAUGAUCAUAAUGACUACCCGCUCGCUCCCGACAAAACAAAAAUUGACGAUAAUUUGUUGAGUGAAACUCAACAUGAAAUUUUAAUUUCAACCGGUAGGAAACGAACAGUAUGUGAAAAGUUGAUUCCAUCUUUUCUAAAAAAGUCCAAAUAUGUUGUACACUAUAAAAAUUUAAAUUAUUAUGUUAAAAAAGGUUUAGUAGUUACAAAGAUUCACCGAAUCAUUUGUUUCAAACAAAAACCCUGGCUUAAAGAUUAUAUUGUUCUUUGUACAAAAAUGAGAAUGCAAUGUUCUUCUCCUUUUGAAAAAAACUUUUGGAAACUCAUGGUUAAUGCAAUAUACGGAAAAUCUAUUGAAGAUGUCAGAAAACAUUCAGAUGUUCGUUUAGAACUUAAUAAAAAUGGUGUUAUGAAACAACUACGCCGUCCUAUGUGCCAACGUUUCUACAUUCUUGAUGAAAAUAAAGCCCUUUUCAAGCUACAUAGAACAAAAUGCUUGUUGAAUAAACCAAUAUACAUAGGUUUUUCGGUCUUAGAUUUUUCUAAGCUCCAUAUGUAUCAACUUCACUAUGAUAUAUUCAAACCAAAAUAUCGUGAUAAAAUAUCUCUUUUAUACACCGAUACCGAUAGUUUCAUAUAUCAUAUAAAAACCGACAAUGUUCAUGUUGAUUUUAUGGAUUUAAAAUGCAUAUUCGACUUUUGUGACUAUCCAAAAAAUCAUAUUUCCAAUUUAUACAAUGAAUGUAAUAAAAAAACUCGGAUAUCUAAAAGACGAAAUGAAUGGUAA